AUGAUUCAAUGCCUGCAGAUUAACCUUCAACGGAGUUCCACAGCACAGAGCUUGCUCCAACAGACUUCCACUGCUACUGGUGCCCAAAUUCUCCCAGUUCUUGAACAGAACUGGAGUCAGGAGUGGGGCUCAGCGCGGAAAGAUGCUAGAAGUGACCAAUUAGCUGAUCCAGCUGCCAGCUUGGACCUGAUGGUCGGCAACGUCGACACCAAGCCUACGUACCAAAGAAUAAAUGCCGAGACGGUAAUCGACGUCACGUUCCACCGCUGCUGA